AGGCUCAAGGCUCAACCUGGCAUCGAUGUCUCUCGUCACUCGACAUAUCUGAGGGGAACUUUAUUGUGAAAAGCCCUUUUCCACAUUCGGUUAGCAACGGCCCAGCUCGGUGUUUGCUUUCAGCCAAUCAACAUGCAUCUCCCGACAACUAGAUUUCUAGGUUCAUAAUAGAACGCCACAUCCUCCACCCGACAGCUCGAAACUGGUCUCCACAGUUUCUCAGCAAUGGGCAGCACGAUGCCCUUGCCUUACUGGCAAAUCAACGUCCCUGCCUCCCAACGAGAAACUCCUUGUCCUCCCUUCCUAGCCAAUCUCAAUCCGAAAGACCUCUCUAUAAUCAGCACUCCUGACGCCUUGUACUGUACGAUUACUUGGCCCGAAGUCCGGAAGAUCAUCGCCGAGAAUCGAAUCGAUGCCUUCCAACGCGUUCCUUCAGAUCUUCGACGAUACUUGGCGUAUAACUGGAAGUUGAAGAAGGAAUAUGGCAGUGUGAUGGAAUUCGUAUUGUCGGAGAGACUGAGAUGGAAGGAGCCGAUUCGAGCUGAAGGGCUGCCCUUUGAGAAGGAGAGCGAUAUCAAGAUUCUGUACAAUGAUUGGCCAUAUGGGAUUGACGAGAGGAUCGUGCACCUGGUUAUCUGGACGAAGUUUGAGUUGGAGGAUGAUCCAUUGACGGAUGAUUUGACGGAGAAGGCUAGGAGAGAGAUUGAUGACUUUGUUGAUGAGACGUUUGGCAGGAAGGUUGGAAAGGAGAAUGUCAUCUGGUUCAAGAACUGGAAGUCGUUGAAGUCUGUUCAUGCUGUGGAGCACUUUCAUGUCAUGCUAUAUAAUGCAGACCCUGUCUUCAUUGAGGAGAUUACCAAUGGCGAUAUUCCCUUGAGCAGGAAGGUUUGAAGCGAGAAAGGAGAGGAGAACAAGAUAUGUGCAGUGGAGGUGUUUAUUAGAAGUGUUUAGAGGUUCAAAGGGCCCCAUUGCAAUCCCUGAGAUUAGAAUAGAUACCCAUCAGCUCAACGCCUUCGAAGCCACACUUGUUUAGAUUCUACCAUAGAAGGGAAUGGAAGACUGGAGCGGCUUUCUUGCAUUUCAAACAUCGUAUACAAUCAAACAGCAUCACGCUUGGACAAAGAGAUGAGGAGGGUUGCUACAGAAAGAAACAAUUUGUACAAGUCAUCAUUGAUUGAUUGGAAUAUCCGGAAUAUUGGUACAUUUCGGCACAUUCGC